AAAAGUGAAUUCGGGAGGUGUGGAGACGCCAUUUGCUUUGUCUAUCUACGGCGAAGCUCACAGGAAGUAGAUGUUGAAAUAAAUAACACUUAUUUAAUCGCUCGAAGAGAAAAACUUUGUGUACCAGGAAGCGCAGAAUCAAAAAAGUUCACUGACACAUGGAUUCUGAGGAUUCUCGAGAUGCUUCUUCGGGAAAUGAGAGUGACGAUAAAGAGCAGCAUAGUCCUGCCAGUACACGGUCGAGAAGUCGAGAAUCCAAUGCGAGAUCAAACAGAAGCCAGUCUAGAUCGUCGUCUCCACCAAGCCGGCAUCAAUCGGCUUCUCCACAAAGUCGCCCGAUUUCCCCAGAUAGCGCACCUCAGUCUCCUCAAAAUGAUAUCUCGUCGAGAAAAUCCUCAGAUGCCCAUUCGGCUGCGAGCGGAUCCAGUUCGUCGGACGACGAAGGGUCUCACUCGAGAAGCAGGCCUUACACGCCUAAAUCACUCGAAAGCGUGUCUUACCAAAAGGGCGAUCAUAAAUCAGGAACGCCUUCUCCCGGUUCACCAGCUAGCGAACACAGGUCGUCUCGAUCGGGGAGUCCCACUCAAAACGAAGCUCCGCCGAUGGCCCCGCGUUCUCCCUCUCAUAAUUCAUCACGAAGCAGUUCCCCAGGUUCCCCUGCAAGGGCGGCAACAAAGACCCCUGUUUCGGAUAACGAGAAUGCCUCUGUGAAAUCGGCGAGCAGCCACAGCUCCAAAAAGUCAAGAUCUAGCAGGGUUUCGGACAGAUCUAGCUCUUCGCAGGGUUCUAGAAGGUCGCGGGGAAAGUCUAACGACGGAAAUUCCUCCGAUUCGAGCGAAAGCAGUGUAGAUUCUUCAAGUAGGAGGAAUAAGAACAUCUCGAAGAACGCGGACACGCAGCCUGAGGAAAUAUCUGACGGUGACAUGGAAUCUGAUAACGAGAAAGUGGAAGAUGUCCCAAAGGAAAGCAGCGUUUCUAGGCCUGAAAUUAAUAUAUCGCACGAGGAUUUGUCGGACGUUUCCGAUUUGGAAGAUUGCAUCGGCGAUAAUUCCGACGACGAUCGUCAGGAUCGUAAGGACGAGGAGGGUGUGCAGGAGAACUCCAACAAUCACUUGAACGAGAAAAGUAAGAGCGUCUCACCGGAGCCGAAAAAGGUUGUAGAGAAAAACAACCGCACGGAAGAGGGCGAGGAACAGUUAGAUUUCGAAGCCGAGGACGGCGAAUGCGGCGAAAUCGAACCGUCGAGAGAUGAACCCGACGCGGAAAAACCCGCCAACGUGGAGGAAGGCGCCAGAGCGGACGAGAAGAAAGAGGAUAGGGAACUGGAAGAGGGCGAAGUCACGGACGAAGACGACGCCAGACCCGAGGAAACCGAACCGAGGCCAGUCUGUAGGUUCUUCUCCAGAGGACAGUGUACUUGGGGGGCCAGCUGUCGGUUUCUGCACCCAGGCGUAACGGACAAAGGCAACUACACCAUGUUCGAGUUGAUUCGGCCGGUGGUUCCCGGAGAAUUCGGGCGCGACGAGAGGUUGUACGGGAAGACGGAGCCCCCGCUCGUGGAGUCGGCUUGGGAGAGGGGGCUUCGCACGGCGAAGGAGAUGUUGAGGAAGUCCGUAAAGAGGAAGGAGCAGGAUAUCGAUUUCGAGGAGAAGAAGAUGAACCUCAGUCUGGCCCAGGAGGAGUUCGAUAAGGAAAACGGGUAUUACGGGAGAGUGCCGUCGCCAGAGCCAAGAACCGCCCUGCAUUCCAAACAACCGCCCGAUUCCAGAUACGUCAGGCACGUACCGGUAGAAUACCCCGUGCCGAGGCCGCCCGAAGAAUACUACGGCAGGAGGCAAGUCCUGUACGAACCCGAAUACGUCCCGCCGCCCCGCGAACGGGUACGUCCUUACAGGGAACUACCCUCGCACAGGAUGCCGGAUUACUACAACAGCAAGUACGAGGAGGAACCCCAGUCCUCCGCCAAGAGGCCGAGAUCCAAGCGCGAGGUCAUCGUGCAGAGGGUCGAGGAGAGACAGGGUAGGGGCGACGAGUGGUCGGAUCCCUGGAUGAGGUCGAAAUCGCCCGGACGGAGGAAGGAGAGCGGCAGGAAGCGUUCUUACAGUUCCGGCUCCAGUUAUUCCUCGAGCAGUUCGUCGAGGAGUUCGUCAGAGUCCAGUCGUAGCUCGUACAGGUCUCGGUCUAGAUCGCCGCAGCACAGGAGGGCGUCCAGGUCCGGACGGAGCAGGCAGAUCUCGCCAUCGGUCAUAGUGUCGGAAAGGAAGGCGGCGAAUGAACGGGCCGCCCUGAUGAACCCACCGGCUCCGAAAAGGAGGGCACCGUCACCAGGUAUGAUGAGGGUGAGCGGCGCGGCGAAUCCCCCGGCCCCGUCAAGGGAAGACCAGUUCGGUAGGAACCGGAGCAAGUUGGCCGUCGCCGCGGCUCUAGCGAGAGUUAAGGGCCGGAGGAGGUCCUCGAGAUCGUCCUCGGGUAGCUCCGGGUCCAGUUCGAGCGACUCGGACUCCUCCGAUUCCAGCAGCUCCACCAGCAGGGCCGGCAGUUCACCGCCGAGGAGGCCGCCAGGCAUGGACAUAUCGAUCGCCAAGGCGAUGGACGCACUGAAGGGCGGUUCCGCGGAGAAGAAGCAGAUAAAACUUAACCUGAAGAACCCGAUCGGCGUCCGGAAGCCGGACAUGUCCGACUUGGCCAGGAAGCCGGAUCCGUCGGCGAAUAAAAAACGACCGGCCAAUUCCCCGCCGCCGGGCGAUCCGAAAUCCAAGAAGGCCACGUCUCGCAGGGAAGAAUUACUCAAGCAACUGAAGGCCGUGGAGGACGCGAUCGCCAAGAAGAGAUCGAAAGUGAACUAGGGCUUGGCCUGCGCCGCAGAAAUUAUGUUUAACUCGCGACGUCUCCCCCCCGAGGGAUUCGUCCGGAAUGAGUAAUUCGCACGGGCAAGUAUUGAUGUUCUAAAAAGGAAUAUUUGACUCGGUUUAACUCCUUCUCGGAGGGUUACGUAGUACUUGACUGAGAGUGUACAUUAAUUUUCUUGUCUCUAUUUUUUUUUAUUCCCGUGGACGCCCCACGAAUUGUUUGACUCGAUAAGGUUUACGUAGUGAGUAAGGUAAUUGUAUUAUAUAAAGUAGCCGUAAGUCUGUAUCAGAACUUUGAAUAUUGUUAUCUUUUAGCGCAUAUCUGCAGACCUUUCGUUGUUCACCGGUUGUAAAGCCAAUAAAUGUUUAUACACUC